CCCUCCCCAUUCAGAAGGAAAGGCUGUUUCUGGGACCUUGCCUCCAGUCAAGUCCAAGGCAAACUUUAUUGAAGCAGACAAAUAUUUUCUCCCUUUCGAGUUGGCAUGUCAGUCGAAAUGUCCCCGCAUAGUCAGCACAUCUCUUGACUGUUUACAGAAAUUAAUUGCUUAUGGUCAUCUCACUGGCAAUGCCCCAGACAAUACAAUACCUGGCAAGAAAUUAAUUGAUAGAAUCAUAGAGACAAUAUGUGGCUGUUUUCAAGGCCCUCAAACAGAUGAAGGUGUUCAGCUACAGAUAAUUAAGGCCUUAUUAACUGCAGUAACGUCUCAACAUAUAGAAAUACACGAAGGAACUGUGUUACAGGCUGUUAGAACAUGCUACAAUAUUUACCUGGCUAGCAAAAACUUAAUAAACCAAACUACAGCCAAGGCAACACUAACUCAGAUGUUGAAUGUUAUAUUUGCACGAAUGGAAAACCAAGCA